AAACUCGGAAACUUAAAAUGGCCGACGGUCGUCUGCAAGGCAAAGAAAUUAUUGUCACUGCAGCAGCGCAAGGAAUCGGUCGUGCUGUUGCCGAAGAAUUUGCUAAGGAGGGUGCUAAUGUUUUAGCCACCGACAUCAACGGCGAAAAACUCGCUGAACUGAACUCUGUCAAAGGAAUACGAACCAAGAUUUUAGACGUGACGAACUACGAUGCGAUUAAAGAACUGGUCAAAGAUUUCUCCAAGUUAGACGUGCUCUUUAACUGCGCUGGGUUUGUUCAUAAUGGGUCGAUUUUGGACUGUGAGGAGAAAGAUUGGGAUCUCUCCUUUGAUAUAAACGUGAAGAGCAUGUAUCGUUUGACGCGGCAAUUUCUCCCCGUCAUGCUCGCAAACGGUGGAGGAGUAAUUAUCAACAUGGCCUCUGUAGCUUCAAGCAUUAAGGGAGUUCCGAAUCGUUUUGUGUACAGCACAACAAAGGGUGCAGUCAUCGCCUUCACCAAAGCACUAGCAGCUGACUUCACCGCGCAGGGAAUUCGUACCCAUGCCAUUUGCCCUGCCACAGUGGAUACUCCUUCACUGCGAGGGCGAAUCAACAGUGCCCCAGAUCCUGAAGAAGCCAUGAAGAAAUUCCUGGCUCGGCAGAAACAGGGAAGACUUGGAAGACCUGACGAAAUUGCAAAACUUGCUGUUUUCCUUGCGUCAGAUGAGGCGCCUUACAUGACGGGCUGUGAGCAUAUCAUUGAUGGAGGAUGGAUGCUUGGCUAAGUGCCUGUUGGUAGGGGGGAGGGGUGGGGUCACCGCUUAGGCCUGAUAUCUUGAUCAUUUCUAAUUAAAAGAAUCAUCGAUUUUCUGUCAUGUGAACUUGUUCAAACUGAUAUUGAAGCAAACCCUAGUUAAUUUUCUUAGUCUUACUGCCUUAUUUUAGACUAUCACUAUUAUCAAGACUUAGAAAUAAAUGAAAUGGGUGGCAGGUGGCUUAAGAUGGUGGCAUAGCUUAUUCAGUUAAUGAUUAAUGUAUUUUAUCAAAGAGCUCUCAAAGUCAAAGAAAGAUUCAGUUUAUUUUCAGCAUUGAUAUUUAGCUCUAAUGUUGAUACACUGUCUUGGAGGCAAAUUGGUAUCAGGAGGGGGGUGGGGAAUGGUGAAAUAAGGGAUGACUCCUUCAGCUCUGCCAUGCCCAAGGUUUGAAAUUUAAAUAGGGAGCCCUCCCUUAAACUCACCAAUUUAUUUUUGUCAAUGAAAUAGUUCUAACCCUUUAACUCUCAAGAUUUGAUUGUUAAUUCUCCCCUCUAGCUGCUACACAUUUACUUGCUGAUUAGUUAUGAAAAU